AUGGUGUCUUCUGGUUGCAGAAUGCGAAGUCUUUGGUUUCUCCUCGCAAUCAGCAUCUUACAGGGUACAGAAGGUUUCAGCCGCGCAGCACUGCCAUUUGGAUUAGUUAGACGAGAAUUGUCCUGUGAGGGUUACUCCAUCGACCUCCGCUGUCCGGGAAGUGAUGUCAUCAUGAUUGAAAGUGCUAACUAUGGCCGAACAGAUGAUAAGAUUUGUGAUGCAGACCCUUUCCAGAUGGAGAAUACAGAUUGCUACCUCCCAGAUGCCUUCAAAAUUAUGACACAGAGGUGUAACAAUCGAACACAAUGCAUAGUAGUUACUGGGUCAGAUGUGUUUCCUGACCCUUGUCCUGGAACAUAUAAAUACCUUGAAGUCCAAUAUGAAUGUGUCCCUUAUAAAGUGGAGCAAAAAGUUUUUGUUUGUCCUGGGACGUUGAAAGCAAUUGUGGAUUCGCCAUGUAUAUAUGAGGCUGAACAAAAAGCAGGUGCUUGGUGCAAAGACCCUCUUCAGGCUGCAGAUAAAAUUUAUUUCAUGCCAUGGACGCCAUAUCGUACGGACACCUUGAUAGAAUAUGCUUCUUUGGAGGACUUCCAAAACAGCCGCCAAACGACGACGUACAAACUCCCCAAUCGAGUGGAUGGUACUGGAUUUGUUGUCUACGACGGCGCUGUGUUUUUUAAUAAAGAAAGAACAAGAAACAUCGUGAAAUUUGACUUGAGGACUAGAAUUAAAAGUGGAGAGGCAAUUAUAAACUACGCUAACUACCACGAUACUUCUCCCUAUCGAUGGGGAGGGAAGACUGAUAUCGACUUAGCCGUCGAUGAAAAUGGUCUGUGGGUUAUUUAUGCCACUGAGCAGAACAAUGGAAUGAUAGUGAUUAGCCAAUUGAAUCCAUAUACUCUUCGAUUUGAAGCGACUUGGGAGACCAUUUAUGAUAAACGUGCUGCCUCCAACGCUUUUAUGAUCUGUGGAGUCCUCUAUGUUGUUCGGUCAGUCUAUCAGGACAACGAAAGUGAAACGGGCAAAAAUGCAAUUGAUUAUAUUUAUAAUACUAGAUUAAACAGAGGGGAAUAUGUUGAUGUUCCCUUUCCCAACCAGUACCAAUACAUUGCUGCAGUAGAUUACAAUCCACGAGAUAAUCAACUUUAUGUGUGGAACAACAAUUUCAUUUUACGAUACUCUCUAGAAUUUGGCCCACCAGAUCCUGCCCAAGUGCCUACCACAGCAGUGACAGUAACUUCUUCAGCUGAGCUGUUCAAAACCACAGUAUCAACCACAAGUACUCCUUCACAGAAAGGCCCCAUGAGCACAACUUUAGCUGGUGGAACAAAGGAAGGAAGCAAAGGCACUAAACCUCCUCCAGCAGUUUCUACAACCAAAAUUCCUCCUGUAACAAGUAUUUUUCCCCCGCCAGAAAGAUUCUGCGAAGCUUUAGAAGCCAGGGGGAUUUGGUGGCCUCAGACACAAAGAGGAAUGAUGGUUGAACGGCCUUGUCCCAAGGGAACGAGAGGAACUGCCUCGUAUCUCUGCAUGGUUUCCACCGGCACAUGGAACCCUAAGGGCCCUGAUCUUAGCAACUGUACCUCACACUGGGUAAAUCAGCUGGCUCAGAAGAUCCGAAGUGGAGAGAAUGCCGCUAGUCUUGCCAAUGAGCUGGCUAAACACACCAAAGGACCUGUGUUUGCUGGGGAUGUGAGCUCAUCUGUGAGACUGAUGGAACAAUUGGUGGACAUUCUAGAUGCGCAGCUACAGGAACUCAAACCCAGUGAGAAGGAUUCAGCUGGGCGGAGUUAUAACAAGCUCCAAAAACGAGAGAAGACAUGCAGGGCUUACCUUAAGGCAAUUGUUGACACAGUGGACAACCUGCUGAGACCUGAAGCUCUAGAAUCCUGGAAAGACAUGAAUUCUUCAGAACAGGCACAUGCUGCAACGAUGCUACUUGAUACACUGGAAGAAGGGGCCUUUGUCCUGGCUGACAAUCUCUUAGAAGCGACACGGGUCUCAAUGCCCACAGAAAAUAUUGUUUUGGAAGUUGCCGUGGUCAGUACAGAGGGCCAAGUACAAGACUUGAAAUUUCCUCAGGCCAGCAAAGGAUCCAAUUCAAUCCAGCUUUCUGCAAAUACUGUCAAACAGAAUAGCAGGAAUGGGCUUGCAAAGUUGGUUUUCAUCAUUUACAAGAGUUUGGGACAGUUCCUAAGUACGGAAAAUGCAACCAUAAAACUAGGGGGUGAUUUUGUUGGCCGUAAUAGUACCAUCGCGGUGAAUUCCCACGUCAUUUCAGCCUCGCUCAAUAAGGAGUCCAGCCGUGUCUACCUGACUGACCCCGUGCUUUUUACCCUGGAACACAUUGAUCCUGACAAUUAUUUCAAUGCAAACUGCUCCUUCUGGAACUACUCUGAAAGAACGAUGAUGGGAUAUUGGUCUACCCAGGGCUGCAAGCUGGUUGACACUAAUAAAACUCACACAACGUGCGCAUGCAGCCACCUAACCAAUUUUGCUAUUCUCAUGGCCCACAGGGAAAUUGCAUACAAAGAUGGAGUUCAUGAGUUACUUCUCACUGUCAUCACCUGGGUCGGAAUCGUCAUUUCUCUCGUUUGCCUCGCCAUCUGCAUCUUCACUUUCUGCUUCUUCCGUGGUCUACAGAGCGAUCGUAACACCAUUCACAAGAACCUCUGCAUCAAUCUUUUUAUUGCUGAAUUCAUUUUCCUAAUAGGCAUUGAUAAGACCGAAUACACGAUUGCAUGCCCAAUAUUUGCCGGGCUUUUACACUUUUUCUUCCUGGCUGCCUUUGCCUGGAUGUGCCUAGAAGGAGUACAGCUCUAUCUGAUGCUUGUAGAAGUGUUUGAGAGUGAAUAUUCAAGGAAAAAGUACUACUAUGUCGCUGGCUACCUUCUUCCUGCCACUGUAGUUGGGGUCUCUGCAGCCAUUGACUACAAGAGCUAUGGAACAGAGAAGGCUUGCUGGCUUCAUGUAGAUAACUCUUUUAUCUGGAGCUUCAUUGGGCCUGUUACCUUUAUUAUUAUGGUAAGGAUGCUUUUCUCUGCCAGUCCCCCCCAACCCUCUCCUUCUUCCUUUUAUCCUGGUGCUUUCGACACAAAUGUACUUCACAUUGAUUCAUUAAUUCACUAUCAGACAUAG